GUAAAUAAGCCAUUUUAAAAGCUGAGCAAUUCCCGCCAAUGUUCGAAGACGACGGCGAGGCGAUCAAUCGUAAUCGGAAGAUGGAGAACGGCAGUCCAGUGCAGUGUCCGAACACGGUGACGGUUCGGAGAAACCCUCCCCGGAGAGCAAGAGCUACUCCGGCCGCCAAAGCAGCCGAAUCGAAUCCUCCAGCCGCCAUUUCUUCAUUUCCACUUCAAGAAAUUCUUGCGAUGGAAGUCCCUCAAAACCCUAAGGACAAUUCCUCAUCGUCGUCAUCGUCCGUUCAAACUCCUCUCUCUGAAAACCUAAAAGUAUACCUCAGAGUUCGACCUUUGCAGCUGAAGAAUUUGAAGAAAUCCAGAAAUGCUGAUGAUCAAAACUCGAGGUCUGGACAUGUAUGGCCGCAGAACCCUCAGAAGAAGAAAGUGACGAAGGAAAAGAACGUUAAGAAGAAGGGCUGUGAUGCUUGUGUAACGAUUAAUGAUGAUCACUCAGUAACAGUCUGUCCGCCCAUGACUUUGCAAGAGUCUAGGCGGAGUAAGUCUGAGGUUUAUGAAGGAUUUUCUCAUGUGUUUUCUACGGAAUCGUCUCAGGGUGAGGUGUAUGGAAAAAUGGUUAGUCCUUUAGUGGAGGAUUUUCUGAAGGGAAAAAGUGGGAUGCUGACUGCACUCGGUCCUAGCGGCUCGGGUAAGACCCAUACCAUUUUUGGGAGUCCAAGAGAUCCUGGUAUGGUUCCUCUGGCUCUUCAACAUAUUUUCCGGACAGAGUCGAGUGAUUCUCAACCCUUAAGAUCAUAUUAUUUAUCAAUCUUUGAAAUAUACUCAGAAAAAGGUAAAGGAGAAAAGAUGUAUGAUCUUUCAGCUGAUGGGGGCGAAUUAACUAUGCAGCAGUAUACUAUAAAGGGCCUUAAGGAGGUUUUUAUUUCCAAGGCUGGAGAAGCUGAAUCAUUAGUGGCUUGUGCAAUGACUAAACGUGCCACUGCAAUAACGAAUGCAAAUAGCACAUCAAGCCGGUCACAGUGCAUCAUUAAUAUCCGUAGAGUUGCUAACCAAGAUGAAGUUGAGGAUACAUUGAACUGUGCCGUCUUGACCAUUGCUGAUCUCGCUGGAGCUGAACGAGAAAAAAGAACGGGGAAUCAGGGGACAAGAUUACUUGAAGCUAACUUCAUCAACAAUACAUCAAUGGUUUUUGGCUUGUGCCUAAGAUCAUUGUUUGAACACCAAAGGAAUCCAAAGAAGCCACUGCAAAAGCAUUUCCACAACUCUUUGUUGACCAAGUACCUUCGAGAUUACCUGGAAGGAAAGAAGCGAAUGACCUUGAUGUUAACUGUGAAAGCAGGAGAAGAAGAUUAUCUUGAUACAACCUACCUUCUCAGACAAGCUUCACCUUAUAUGAAAAUCAAGUUCAACAAUGUUGUGGAACCAUCAAACAUCAACAAGAGACAAUUGCAAACGUUAUUUACAUUUGAGGAGCAGAAAAGAACAAAAUAUAGUGUUCCUGAAGCUUGCUCGACUGAAGGAAAGGGACAUCAAGAGGAAGGCCCCCUUCCUCAUGAAGAGCCUCUAGUUAAAACCGACUGUAAAGCCACGAAGCCUAGCCAUUCAAAAAUGGCUGAAAGAAAUCAUUUGAUCAUGCAAAACUUUGCCAAAGCCAUAUGGCAAGUCUUGAAGCAGUAUAGAGAUAAACUAAAGAGUGCAGAGAAUGAAAAUCAAAAUCUUCGAGAAGAAAUUAAGAAUGAAAAAAUCAGAUAUUUUGAGCUGGAAAAGCAAUGGAAAAAUUCAAGAUGUAGUACUUGCUCCAACUCCAAGGAAGAUUAUGCUGAAGCUGCAUCAAUCAAAGUAGUUACCAGUUUUGAGUCAAGAAGUGGUUUGGACGAGCACAGAUUCAAUGGUGUUCAUGAGACAAAUACGAACUCUUUCAUCAAAGUGAAGGAAUCCGAUGGUUCCUCUCCCUGUGAAGACAUAAAUAAUUUCUCAGAACCUGGUGAAGUUGAAGAGGCACAUAUAAACCGUGUAGACGAGACCACUCCUAGGAAUGGAUGCAAGACGGUGAAAAAAUUUAUGUACGAGGAGGCCGAUGAUUGUUGCCUAACAAAAAACUCAACUGCCUUUGGCACCCUGCAGUCACGUAUCUUGGUGAAGUAUGACAGCUGUUCAUCAGUAGAGCUGGACAAGUUCAGUGAGCAAGAUGAGGAAUCUACCUCACCCGAAUCCCCUUCACAAGAAAUGUCGUUUAUUCACUGCGAUGCUCAUGAGUGUGAAACUCAAUCUGUACUUGAUACUCCAUUAUACCAGCCAACUUCGGAGAAGUCUGAAAGGGAUAUAAGUGCUUUGAAUGAAGACAAGGAAUUCUUAGCGAAACUUUCGGAUUCUCGACAUCUACCUCCCACCGAGGAUUUUGCAUCUUCUCAAGAACAAAAGCACAACAUUGAUGUGCAUUGCAGUGAGCUUAGAGCUGACAUCUCAAGCAAACUAGAGAAACCAAAAAGGAGACUUUUGCCCGCGUCAUCCACAUUACUAAGGGAUUUCAGCAAUAUGCAUGUCGAGGAUGAUAUUGAGGUGUCAAAGGCAAACAGAAAUGGGAAAAAAUCAGCUAAGGGUGAAAAAAUUAGAACACAGGGUAACAUCUCCCUCAUGCGCAUGCUGAAGGGAAAUCACCUAUUCUAAUUAGAGUGACUUUCUAUCAAACUCCAGAAGUUCAUCCAACUCAACAAGUUGAAAUGGAUGGCUAGUUGGGUGUUAGCUCAAGAACUAAUGCAACCCAACGCUCACUUUCUCCCAGCCUACUACUACCCCACGUCAGGAGUCCAUUUGCAGAAAGGUAUGGUUCUCCUGAACUCCAAAUUUGAGAGUUGUAAUAUUGAGAUUCUUAAAACUGAAUCGAAUAGACUUUUGUUAGCUAAAUCGAUCAGAAUGGUUGUGAUUUGAUUGGUUUUGAUUGAUUUUUU